AUGGCAGAAGCGCUUCCUGACAUUUCAGAUCCUGCUAACGUUAAAUGUGAUCUAUGUUUUUCAUAUUUCCUUGUGAAUUGGGCUUGUCAUGAUUGUGCCCAGAAUUUGUGUGAUAAUUGUCAAACGUUACACUCCCGAAGUAAUGCAAGUAAACAGCAUGGAAUAUGGCUUCUUCGGGAAGACAAAGAUGACGAAAUGGAAUCCGGAAGUGACGCCAUUGAUAUAGAUGAUAUCGAAUUACACAUCUGUCGCAUUCACGAAGAACAAGUAUGUGAAUUGUACUGCAAUUUAUGCGACAUGCUUGUGUGUCACAUUUGUGUUCGGACAAUUCACAAGACUCACAAUAUUUCGGACAUCGGUGAUGCCGCUGAGCAAAAAUUUAACCAGCUGAGAAAGAAAUUCGAACACCUUGAAAAAUAUGAACUUGAAAAGGCAAGAAAAAUGACAGAAAACUAUGAAGAAAACAAAGCUGAGUAUGUAUCUAGUGCAGCUCUAAAGAGGGAAUUAAUAAAAGAAAGAAACGAGAAGUUGAAAUUUGAACUGGACAGCAUUACUGACAAUAUGCUUAAGGAAAUUGAAACCAAAGAAGAAGUAGACUUACAGUUCAUCAAUAGAAAACAAUUCAAACUGCAAAAUCUCUCAACGAAAGUGGCAGAAACGAUUCACUUCUGCAGAAACAACUUAUCAAACAAAAGUGGUAUAAGUUUGCUUGAUGCAUGUGCAGAGACUGAGCGGAAAGUAGAAAAACUGAAAUUACCAUCUGCUGAAACCGGACCAGAAAAGAUUUGUCCGCCGGAAUUUGUUUCUGGCAAACAAGACGAAGAAUUCUCCAAGGUGUUUGGAACUUUAGAAUACGAACCAAGACCAGUGUUGACGAGACGCCGAACAACCGUCGCGUUUCCUCUCAACGUAAAAGCUCAAGUCAUCGCCAGCUUCGCCCAGAAAGCUCGAAAUGGGAUUUACAGUAUAUGUACUACCGGAAAUGGAAACGCCAUGAUAGGAACAGAGGAGAGAAUUGUUCAGGUCGUCACAAUAACUGGAAAAGUUUUAGCCAGCAUCAAGGUGGAAAUAACGCCAUACAACAUUGCAUGUUCCAAGCUGGGCAAGGAUCUUUACAUGAGCACAUGGAACAUGGAAAUAAAAAAACUGAAAAAUGGAUCAUUUACCCGCUUUAUUGAUACCAGUCCUUUCCAUGCUCAGGGACUGUGUGUAAACGAAGAUGGAGAAAUUUUGGCAUGUCUCUAUCACAAAGAGGAUCAGUUUGGCAAAAUUGUGCGGUAUGACAGCACGGGAAAAUCGCUGCAGCAAAUUUGUAGUGAUGAACGUCGGCGACUGAUGUUUCAAAACCCCGCCAAAGUCGCCUCAAGUGUGACAAGAGACAUUGUAGUAGUGGACAUGGCUAAGAAGUGUGUGGUUGCAGUUGCUGCAGACGGUCAAAGAAAAUUUACGUACAAGGGUCUCAAUGGUGGGAAAUUUGAACCAAAAUGCAUUGAUUGCAGUACGUUGGGUAGCAUACUUGUGGGAGACCAUGAAGAUCGAGUUCAUUUAUUAGAUAAAAAUGGCAAGUUCCUGCAGUACAUUAUGACAAAGGAUCAUGGGUUGAAUGACAUUAUUGGACUUUCCAGUGACCGAGAAGACAAAAGAAUCUGGGUAUCAUGCUUUGACAAAGUCAUCAUUGCGACAUUAGUUUGAAAUGACAAAGUAGUUGGUCACUGUAGCCGUGAGCAGGCUUAUUCAGUUAACUAAGGAUAGUUCAAUAUCAAUUAACGUUUAAGAUUGUCUUCUUUUUAUAAAGUGCUUAUUAAUUGCUCUUGCCUAGAAGCUACGAUAAAAUACCAAUCAACAGAACACAGUUUUGUGUAUUGAUA